GAGGAGGAGCAGGACACUGACUGGACGAUGGAGGGAAGACGUGUUCUGCAGCUGCUCUGUAAGAACUGUUCUCUACAGGUUCUCCUGUCUCCUCCACCUGAGAACCUCAGACCAGCUCCUCUCUCUCUGCAGGUCUGACCUUCACUCUCAUCUCCACCACUCUGCCAUCUCUUCAAGGACUGACUGUGAGUCCCAGCAGGUCUCAGUUCCUUCAAAGAGACUCGGUGUCUCUGAGCUGUGAGGAGGACGGAUGGACAGUCUGGAGGAAGACCAAAAGAAGACAGAGGAGUUCAUGUGGAGACGGGUGGGGAAAACCUGCUGGUUCCUCCUGUAGAAUCAGCUACAUGAUGACCAGAGACAGUGGAGUUUACUGGUGUGAGUCCAGAGAGGGAGCAGCUGGAAGCAGCAUCAACAUCACUGUAGCUGAUACAGUGGUCCUCCAGAGUCCAGUCCUCCCUGUGAUGGAGGGACAGGACGUCACUCUGGGUUGUAGAACCAGCGCUCCCUCCACCCUCUCAGCUGAGUUCUUUAAAGACGGCGUCUCCAUCGGGACCGAGUCCACAGGUCACAUGACCCUCCGCCAUGUUUCCCGCUCUGCUGAAGGCCUCUACAGGUGUAGCUUCAGAGGUGUUGGAGAGUCUCCACCCAGCUGGAUCUCUGUCUCAGCUCCGCCCACCGAUGUAGCUCCACCCACUGAGAGAACUCAACACACUGAUGUGACUUCGUCCACUGAGGGAGCCAGCACCACCUAUCAUCAGCUUGUGAUCACAGUUCUCCGCCACCUGCUUGUUUUCUGUCCGUACUUCAUCUCCACUCUGCUCAUGGUGUCGAUGUAUCGGGGCAGAGCCAAAGGAGACAGUGUGCUCGUCUCCACGGUGACUGCAGGUGAGGUUCAGGCCUCUCAGGGAUUGAACGAAAACUACGAUGACGUCAUGGCGGCGGUCAGCACGGAGCAUCACUUCUGAAGUCAACCAAACUGCACGUGAAAGACUGCAGUGGGAUGAACUGAUCCCUAUUCGAUCCAUAUUCCUUUAAGAGCUGAAGAGGGCUUAUCCGAUCCCCACGACACAAACAACCCUACUGUGUUGCAUAUUCACAGCCCCUGCGUGCAGCUAAACCAAACUGUCUGCCAGGAAGUUUCAAGUUUCAGUAGGAAAGAAUAAUCACAUACGUAUCUUUUUUGUUGAGUUCAAUGUAGUGAGAG